CGAUCGUGCGGGUGGACGACAGUGGCACGAUGUUCGCCAACAAACAGUCGGUUCUCGCGGUGAUCGCGCUGGCGGCAAGUGCGUGCGCGCUACCUCAACCCGGCGCCAAUGACAUACCGGAUUUAAAACAAAAAUCUGCGCUGGUAACAACUGAAAUUACAAAGACACAGUCUGAUGUGAAAGCAGUACACGAAAGGUUUCCACAUGCCGUUCUUUUCGGUGGUACCUGUGGAGGUUCCAUUAUUAGCCCGAAAUGGAUCCUCACUGCGGGACACUGCACACUGUUCACGAACGGUCAUUACGUAUUGGCCGGUACUAACAAAUCAGACGACCAAAGCGGCAUUAUUCGCUACGUGAAACGAAUGGUCAUCCACCCGCUCUUCUCUGUUGGACCAUACUGGCUUGACGUAGAAGAUUUUAAUCUUAAACAGGUAGCAGCUAGGUGGGACUUUUUACUGGUCGAAUUGGAGGAGCCCUUACCCGUGGACGGCAAAACGAUAAAAGUUGCAACACUCGAUGAUCAGCCAAAUCUACCAAUCGGAGUCGACGUCGGAUAUGCUGGCUACGGAACUGACGAGCAUGGGGGCGUGAUGCGUAAAGAUAUGCACGCCAUGGAGCUAUCAACGCAGUCCGACGAAGUAUGUUCUAAAUUAGAGCAAUACAACUCUCUGGAUAUGAUCUGCGCUAAAGGUCGCCCCCCACGGUUCGACUCUGCUUGCAAUGGUGAUAGUGGCAGCGGGCUCGUGGACGGCGAGGGGCGGCUGGUGGGGGUGGCGUCGUGGGUGGAAAAUGACGCUUUUGAGUGCCGCAACGGAAACCUUGUCGUCUUCUCCAGGGUCUCCAGAGCGAGGGACUGGAUCCGAGAGGUCACCGAGAUUUAAAUUCUUUACACAUCCAACUAAAGAUAGCAUCAACGUCGUUAAGAAUUUAAAAAACUUAAAACUUGUAGUAAACUAAAUAAACAUUUGUUUGCUGGUAGCUUUUGUUAUGUUUGAGAUAUCGAAACAGAAUUGAGUGGGAAAGUUGACGUUGUAGCUUUAGAUAUAUAAUUUUUACUACCCAAUUGUUAGCUCUUGCUAGUCAUGAUAUUUAUUUUCGGACAUGUUUUCGUUUUUUGAAUUCUAAUAUUAAAUUUAGUUAUUUAAGAAAUUGAUUAAUGUACAAAUGCAAGACAACAAAUAUUGUAGUUAAGUCAAAGGUAGCAAAUGAUUUUAUCUAAUC